AUGCUUGUCUUCCGCAACCAAACAUCCUACAAUCGAUUCUGGGAUGGGCGGAACGCAAUGAAUACACUGAACACCUGCGUGCGCAAUCUUGUCCGCACAAUCGCAACAAAUAGCUACAACUCAAAGCGGGGACCACCCACCGCCGCAGAGCGUGAGGAUAUCGAGCGUACUAUCCGCAUUCUCAUGGCUAUCCCGUAUGCCGUGAAAAACCAUUUACGCGCUGAAUGGGGCGCUGCUUGGGUCUUUGGUAACUCCGUCGACGAGGUUCUGAACGUGCAUCCAUCCACCCUUUAUAACCCCGAAUAUGCCAACCUGCUACCUGCGGGCCUUGAGGGUCAUGAAGAUGAGGGACUAGGCCUCCCUUUCCAGCUGACCUUUUUCAUUGAUGGGUUUAUUAAGCGGGGCGAAGAGCGUGGGUGGUAUCCUGCGCCAGGUGCUAGUCAGAUGCAGGCUCAGUUGAAUACCUUGACUGAUGCAUAUGGGAGGAUGGAAACGAUCAAGUUGACUCCGAUCCCAGUGGCUCAUUUGAUCCACCAAAAGCAGGUCCUCGCUCUGUUUGGCUGUGUUUUACCAUUUGCUAUGGUCGAUGAGAUGGGAUGGUGGGCCAUCCCCAUUGUCAGCCUUGUUAUCUUCACGCUAUAUGGCAUUGAGGGAAUAGGCUCGCAGUUGGAAGAUCCCUUUGGCUACGACAGAAAUGACAUCAAGAUGGAUGCUAUUGCUGGUGACUCCAAGACUGAAAUCGAUGUUGUUUUGUCUGAGUGGCGCACGCACUCGAAAGCCAUGGAGGCAUUAAGAGCACAGCCCGCUGGCGCAGUUCACGGUGAUCUAUGUUUGACGCCCGGUCAGGCUGAAGCUGGAAACGGAAGCGCGGAUGGGAAGUAUACACCUCCAGACUUGUUCUUGAGGUUGAGGCCAAGUACUGGCAGGUGA